AAGCCGACAGGGCACGCACAUGGUUUAACGACGAUCAAGAUCCACCGCCACUCCCCGUACAUAUAUGUCCAGACACAUAUAUGCUUAAUAUAUGGCAUUGACUGCUUCAACGUUGUAUGCGAUCAUCUCCUACUUCACGGCUCCGGAUCCCUCUCAAAACUCAGCCUCCGCAAAUAUACCACUAUUAUUCCAUAUCCCUCUAGCCUCUUUUUCCCUGUCUUAUUCCUGAAAAGUCAGCCUAGAAUCUGUGGGGAAUAUAGGAUCGUAUACCAUAAGACACAGUAUGAUCGGUCUUGUGGUAGCGUAGGACUUGCUUAUUUGUUCAUCGAGACUACCCGGCAACUACCUGGAUAUUCAACUUGAGCCUGUCGUAAAAGGCUCCCCCCCACACUCAAAGCCGUGGAAAGUGGAAGCUUGGAUGGAAUUUCUUUCAUAAUGUUCCUGCAUUCGGGAGCUAGCCUGCAUGGCCAUGAGUAUUCAAAUCGGCCGAAUCCUCCGCCUGGUCAUCGACGCAAUCCUCUCCUGCGAUCUGCCUUUGCAGCACCUAUAAAACGAUCUUCUUCGUAUCACCCUAGCACUUCACCUUCACCUAAUGAACCUGCUUCGCCUGAUCUACGGCGACCUCGUCCUCUUUCGGAAUAUAUACCUAGAACACCCGAAGCUACUGUGAAAUUCCAAGAGCCCCGAUGCGAUUCGACGACGGCCAAACCAGAAGCAAUGAGCGAGGAUGAAGGCUCAAUUGCAUCCGAUAGUGACGCGAGCCGCGUAUCGUCUUCGGCUCGUCGCAACCGGAGGAGAGCCAUGCGGAAAAGCACUACCUUUCUCCUUGCGCACCCACCUCCAAAGCUGGGCAGCAAGCAGCGUCUAAUACAUAUACGACCCAAGUUAUUGCUUCAGAUGCAACAGUUGGCAGUUAAUAGGCGCCCAAGACCAGCUAUUGACGUAUUUCCAUCCUUUGCCGUAGCUGGCCCUUUGAUUGUACCCUUGCUAAAGCGGUUUCCUCUCAUCGCCCGCAUCAAGCGAGAGUUGGGUAUCCGGGAUAUUAUGUUGGUCAAGAGUGAAGACUAUGAUGCGCAAGCUUCUGGGUUAGACAGUGACGGUGACGACGACGACCUGAAGUCCCGCGAGCUGUUAGCGAUAUUAAGUCCAGUCUUGACAGAAGACAAAGCCGAAAUCGUGCUAGCCGACGGGACAGUCUGGACCGCAACGCCACGGUUCAGCGGUGUCAAUUCCUGUUCCUAUGAUUUCGUCAGUAUUGAUUCGAAUGGAACCACCACGACAGCCAGAUGGGUUCGCAAGCAGAUGGCAACUAAAUCCUUGCCAGUUAUGCCGACUUCGCCAGGUUUCACGCCUACGAUACCUGUGCCUGACUGCAAAUUCACCUUUAGCAUAAUCGAUCCUAACUGCCGACGCCAUCCUAUCAUGGCCACCUUAACAAAUUCUUCGCUCGAUAUAUUAGACUCCUAUACAACUGUCUCGCAGUCCGCUAGCCGUUAUCCUCCGACUUCUCCCGUGUUAUCUACACCUAGUUCUUCUACCAACGGAGAGAGCACUCCAAAGAGAACAACUCGGCAAGUCGAAGAUUGGCAGAAAACUUUUAUUACCAUAUCAGCUAUAUGGGUAAUACUUCGUCACGGGUGGUCCCCUAAUUGGAAGCCGGCAGAUUUUGGUACCCUAUCCCCGACUUCUCCCACCACGCCGGUAGGCGCAAGCGCAUCGGCUCGGAACCGGUCUGUGAGUGUAAAUUUGGAGAUGGCCUCAAAGCCUAGUGCUCCCAACGCUGGCAGCCAACGCAAACUCCCAGGUGGCCUGCAGAUGGACGAUCAGCUUACACCGAACGUGUUACCUAGGAGAGCGACAUCCACUGGGACUGGCUUCAUACAGAAGUCGAACGCCGCGGAGAUAGAAACCCGCGACCGAGCCAGAAGUAGUCCUAGGCAAGAAUCAAAGAAUAAGCGAGGGUACAAAGGCGAUUGGGAAUUAAGCCUCCCGGAUCGGACCCAAGCGAAUUCGUUAGCUGCCGUAUUGGAUUCCCCAUCUACGCUCACCCCAAUUGACCUUGCUUCACAAAGUAAUUCCACACCAUCAGCAUCAUCUUCCUUGUCUACGAGGCACCGGGUUAUUUCGGCAUCUUAUUCGGCCAGCCCGGUAUCCCUCAAACCCAUUGAAAUCGAAUUUAGCGAAAACCCUAGCCUUCGGUGCAAAUCCUCCGUUCGGAAUAUAGUACAAGAAACCAACAGAGAAGACCAAAGCCGGAAAGCAAAGCACCAGAAAUGGAAGAACAUGUCACACUGGUUUCGAAAGCUGCAUGGGCGGUAGGGCUGCCAGCCAUGUUAUUAGCAAGCGUCGAAAACAGGAGACGCAACCACAUCAA